AUGGAUGAAGAGGAAGCGGAGCGCACCGAGGCGCCGACGGUGCGUGCCCUGUGCGAUAACAAUUGGGAGGAGCGUGUGCUGGUGCGCCGUGGGAAACACAGUCGUUUCUACCGUGUACAUUGGGCAAAAGGGGGCCUCUGGCUUGGGCUCAAGGAGGAGGAGUGCGUGGAUCCUCUUGCCACGGUACGCAACGUUUCACCGAUACAGCGCCUGCAUUCGAAGUUUAUUCUACACCAUUACGAUAUUUGCGUCGACGCCAACCGCGAUACUCUGCUGUUGGUGUUGACAGAGUUGAUGGACUAUUCCCUCAGCGACGUGAUGCACCGUCAUUGCAGCCGCGGUCAUCUGACGGAAUGCCAAGCGAGGGCCGUAGCUUUUCUUACAUUGCAUGCCCUGGUAGACCUUCAUGACAGGAUUGGCAUGGUGCACGGUGACUUAAGUCCCUCCAACAUUUUGUUGCGUGCUACGGGAGAACUGAAGCUUGGUGAUUUAUCCAGUGCGAUGCCCGUGAAUGCGGCGGUGGACUGCUUUAGCGGCACGGUGCUUUAUACCGCCGUUGAGGUGUUAAGGGACCGGCAGUGGGCUUCCAGUCCAAGCAGCGACGUAUGGGCAUUGGGUGUGACGCUGCAUGAGUGUGUAAGCGGCAGCCAUCCAUUCAGUGGGAACUCCGACGAGAAUUUUUGGGAAUUUUUGUCGCUGAUGGAGGCGGCGAUGCAAGCGCAGCAACAACCCUUGUGUCCACCAUGUUUUAGCCGCGACUUUCAUGACAUUCUAUCAGCCAUGCUUUGCUGGGACCCCGCUCGGCGGCCCACUGCCCGCUCGCUCUUGGAGCACGCAUGGUUCUCCCAAUACAGUGUCGCUGCUGCGCAGCGGGUGUUAUGCCUCAUUGCUCACUGA